AUGAAUUUUAUCUAUUUAUACGAGAAGAAAUGUUUUGUUGUAAAUGUGGUUGGAGAUGUGUUGAGAUCAUAUGAAACAACAACUGCAUCACUAGUGUGGUCUGAUGAGGCUCAGGAAUGGGAUACUUGCUCUGUUGGAUGUCAUUUUGGACACAAAAGUGAAGAUGAUAAGACGCCGGAUGCUUCGUUUGGUCAACCUGGUAAUGGAGAGCCUGGGAUUCUUCGGACAAUGGAGUCAUCCCAUUAUUAUUCAGAGAAUAACUUUUCUCCGGCACGAGAGAAAGGGUUUAAAGUUGUAAUGACAACUAGUCUCUCAUCAGAUGUUCCUGUUGGUUAUUUUUCGUGGGCUGAGUAUGACAUUAUGGCACCCUUACAACCACAGAUAGAAAAGGCCCUUGCGGCUGCCUUCAUUUCCGACUGUGGUGCCCGAAACUUCCUUUUGCAGGCCCUUGAGAUGCUUGAGAAGUCAAAUAUUUCAAUAGAUUCCUAUGGUGGUUGCCAUCGGAACCGUAAUGGAGAAAAAAACAGGGAAAACCCUGAUAGCAGAUUUGUUGUUAUGAUGAAAAUUGGGAAAUGUACCUUAGGACUUUCGGGAGCUUUUAAAUAUACUGUUGUAUAG